AUUUCAGGUAGGCUAACUGGAAUCUGGUAGGACCUGAUUUGACAGAGAGUUAAGGGGGAGCAAACGUCGAUGGACAGGUUCUGGGAACGCCCUUCCUCAUCAAACCACCUGCUUUAUAAGAGAGGACGUGGGAACUUGAAGUCAUAGCUAGUUUGCUAUCUUACCUUUGCAAGAAAAAGAAGAAACAUAUGCUCAAGGUGUUGGCCCGCUGCCUGGACGUAGCCUACCAUUGAAAAGAAGAACUGAACAGUAACGAGUUUUGCACAGCGACAACCUUCUUUCAUUUGAAGUCAAAUUCAGUGACUUUUUUAUUCGCACGAACAGAAAAAAAGUUAAUCGUCUUUUGUCUGAAAAAUAUUGGACGUGACGCUGCAAUUGAUUCGUUGUCUUCAGAACUUUUACAUUUGACAAACGUUUCGGUUGCAUUCUUGUCAAAAUGAUGCAGAGUUCCGAUUCCUACCGGCAGAAGAAUUCCCUCUUCAACGCCAUGAACCGCUUCAUCGGCGCGGUUAACAAUAUGGACCAGACUGUAAUGGUUCCUAGCCUGAUAAGAGAUGUGCCCCUGGACGAGGAAAAGGCGGUUCACGACAUCAGAACAGCAGGCAACGGGCCAACUACCUACUUCUCAGAAGGAGAUAUGUACAGCUACUACGUCCUAUUGAAAUCCAUAAAAACCGAUAUGGAAUGGGGGGUCUUGCAGGCCGACGAAAGGAGGAAGGACAAACACGGCAUCGGUGCCCUGGAUAGUUCCAGAAUCGACGCCGAAGACAAAGAGGAAGACCUGGAGAAACUCUUUCGCUUCCACCUUAGCGGACUGCAGACGGUUCUGUCCAAGCUGACGGGCAAGGCGAACACCCUCACCAACCGAUACAAGCAGGAAAUCGGUAUUGGAGGUUGGGGAUAUUGAGGCGCUCCCCCAUUAACCAGCCAAGAAUAUUUCCCUGAUGGGAGUCGAACUUUACCCAGCUAAUGAAGUUCCAGCUGAACGGAAGUGGAGUCUAUAUAUUGGAGGGCCGUUUGAGCCGUUUUAAUCUAAAAAAAAAACAAAUGUAGCCUGCUCAAUUUGCUUGACAUGUAGCUACUGCUGUUACCUUGAAGUUACGUCCCCCCAUUGCACUAUUCUUUUUUUACUGGUUCUAUUAUGACAGAGUUGUUGUCGCAUUUUGUGUGUGUGUUGCACGUGCAUUUAAACAUGUUCUACCACUUUUGUGUUUUGAGACUUUUCCAGCUGAAUAAUGUUGCACGUAAAUGUGCUUUUCUAAUGAUGCUGGACUAGACUCCGCCUCCGUUGUAGGGCUACUACUGUAUAUUGACUGAUGCAUGUCAAAUGAGGUCAGAGUGGUAUUUAUAAUACCCAUGAUUUUAAUGUCCUGAAAAAAUCUGUGAACUGGAAUCUGAUGAUAAUUCUGUCAUUUCAAUGUAUUGAGUAAUGAUGGGUUCCAUGAGAUUUUAUGGAUGUUAUCAAGAUGGUAUACAUUACAUAAUAAAUUUAAGAUUUAAGUGUUCAGCUGUUGUACAGAAAAUAAACUAUUUAUACAUUUUCUUUAAA